AUGGAGCGAAUUGGGCAACUUGACAGAGAUACUAAAUACCCCAUUGAUAAGCGGAGAGGGUCCAAGCCAGUGAAACCAUAUAACUAUCUGGCUACAACUCAGUUUGAAAAUAUAAGCUCCAACUUUGAUAGAUCUAAGAAAAGAUCAUCAGCCUAUGAGAAUUACAGAAACAUAGGGGAAUCAUCUAACUUUCAAAAGAGCUAUACCAAAACACUAAUUGGCCAAAAGAGUGACGCAUUCUCUAAAGAAUGUCAGCACUUAUCAGUCUCUUCAGGUGCAAAGACCAACUACUCCAGCCGCUUAGGUAUCCAGACUGACUCAAGGAGUAAUUACUUGGAUAGUUCUAUCCAGGACUAUACUCAAGGAGCCCAAAAUCCUUCUCUCAGAAAGAAAAAUAGUUGUCAAAUUUAUCUGAAGCCAGGACUCAACCCUCUGCAAGGCUACCAGAAGGUCUCCAAUGACAGCCAGCUGGAGGACACAUUUAACCUUGAAGAGAGCUUGGCUGGAAGAGAAAGUUCUUCAACUCAGAACAAGAAUUUGUCUUUCCUCUCUAACUGAGACCGGAUGGGAAGGUCUCAGCAGGAGAUUGCAAAACAAAUCAGAGCUCUGAAAAGCUACACAAGUCUUGAAGACCAUCCACAGUCUUGUCAAAAUAAGCAGACCUCCAAUUUUUUGGCCUUCAAAGAGGCCGCUCAGUCUCGAAGGAGAAUACGCCAGCAUUCUCCUUCAGAGAUCGGCCCUGAUGAAGCCAAUGAAGGGGUGGACAUCCUUGUUAAGAACAGACAGAAGAUGAACUCAAGUGUGGUCCGUUCUCACAAGAACAAAAAUUUAUCAAUGACCUCAUAUCAAGACAAUGCAUCUUUCAUUUCAACAAAGAAUUAUGUUUGUGAGGCCAUUACUCAGCAAGAUAAGCACUGACAAAGUCUGAACAGCCAGUUUGGAAGAGUAGAUUCAACUGUGAGAUCUCCUCCUGAGAGGAACCCUAGGAUCAAUAGGAACAAUACGAACUCUACCCUAAUCCGGUGAGCUUCUCAGAGGAAAUGGGAGAUCAGUGGGCAACAGAGUAUGAAGCCCUACACAAGAGAUAUGAACCAAAGAGUGAUGUCAGUUUGAUACCCUUCAAAAACAAGGUUGGAUCAGGUCUUCAGAGAAAUCCAGGAUGGCCCUACAAAUGUAGGCAACAAAUUUGAUGCCUUAUUGGCUGAAAAGACUUAUACAAAAUAUCCAAAAUCGAGGAGUAAUUGUCCUCAGACUCGUGGCAGGAGAGCUAAUCGUCCAAAAAUCUUAAGGUGAAAAUCUCAAUUAGGAAGUAUCAAUGGCAGGGAUAGGUCAAAUAACAAUAGGCAGGAGUCUAUCUCACGUCGUGCUAACUUCAGAAAGCUAAAAUCCAAAGAGAUAGUUGAUGAUGUUGAAUCAGAAUCAUCAUUUUCUUCAACAGGAAGUCAAGUUAGCCCUGACUCUGCUAGUCAGGAUGAGAUUAGCCAUGCUUCCCCUGCUAGCCUCAAAGCAACCCCAAAAGAGGAAACUCAAUCCCAGUAUUCCUUAAUGGAAGAGGGGGCUUUGCGAGAAAGCUCUCCAGAUCCCUUGGAAUACAUAAGUCGAGCUUCAUUUAAAUCAGCUAGUAGCUCAGACACGGACCUGGAGUCCACUCAAGACAUAUACGAUACUGUAAAAUUCCGAAAGAAUGGAUAUUUACUGAAGAAAUUGGCAAUCCUACAGAAGAAUUUCCCAUAAAAUCUCCCUGAGAAUCUUGGUUUUGGACAUUUCAGGCCUUCAUUGGAGCAUUUCAGAAGUUCAUAAAUCUUAAUAAUCCUU